UUCAUCGUUACGGAGAAGAACCGCGACGAUCGAGGUAUAACUGGUCAGGUAAAAUUGCCAAGCUCUUCUACGUUUUAUGUCCGUUUUUGCCGGAUUGUGAUAUUGGGCACUUGUGUAACUCUUGUACAUCUUGGGAUCUUUACAUCCUUUUCACUCAGAGACCGAUUGGAGAGAAAGGACGAUGAUGGGAAUUGUAUGGUUUCUUCCUUGCAAAUACAUGUAUAUUAUAUACCGACUAUUGCAUUUGCUUUCAUGGUCGAGACAAGUUAAAACUUCAUGAUGAGUCCUCGUUCUUGAUGAUAGUAAUCAUCGUAAUUUUCAUGAGUCCAUCUUAAAUUUAUACAGCUGGUGGAAGUGACCAACUCUGCUUCAAUUUCAACUAUGACACCUGCAAUUCUUCAAUCCUCAGUUUGGUUUUUGUUACUCGCCAGUUGCAACCUUGUAGCUUCUUCUGCUUCGUCACAUUCGCGUGGUGAGUCUGUGUUUGCGGAGAGUUAUGAUUAUAUCAUUGUCGGUGGUGGAACGAGUGGUCUAGUUGUUGCAAAUCGAUUAUCUGAAGAUCCUACUAAAACCGUCUUGGUGAUUGAGCAUGGACUUAUAGAUAACAGCUCUCUCACCUUAAUCCCAAGACUCGGUCUCCAAUAUUUCCCUAAUAAUGUAAAGAAUUGGAAUUAUGUCUCUGCGCCUGUUGAAACACUGUCAAAUACAACUUUCAACGUCUACAUUGCUGAUGUAGUAGGAGGCAGUUCCUUGCACAAUGGUAUGUUUGCUGAUCGAGGAUCUAUGGCAGACUACGAUGCGUGGGGAACUCUCAUCGGAGACGAUUCAUGGAGUUGGGAAGGUCUGUAUCCCUAUUUCAUCAAAAGCACGACUUUCACCCCUCCAUCAGAAGAGCUUCAAACACAUUUCGAUAUCAGAAAUAACGCUUCUGGGUAUGGCAACGGACCUAUUCAAAUCAGCUAUCCUUCUGUCAUCUUCCCUGAUUACCGAAACCAAACUCUAGCCGCGGAGGAUUUUGGAAUCGAAAUCUCGGAUGCACCAGAGUCCGGUGACGCGAUUGGUUUCUGCUGGGUUCCUCAGACUCUUGAUCCGAAAACGGGGUUUCGCUCGCAUUCGCGUGUCGCUUAUUAUGAUCCUAUUGUUAGUAGACCCAAUCUCCACCUUAUCACGGGCCAUCUAGUCGAAAAGAUUCUCUUCGAUGACAAUCUCACUGCUACUGGCGUGAAAUUCACAUCUGUCCAAACAAACCAAACACAUAUAGUAUCAGCAAACAAAGAAGUCAUCUUGGCAGCCGGCGCAAUCAACACACCCAAGCUUCUACAACUCAGUGGAAUUGGUCCCAGAAACGUACUCGAAGCUGCGGGAGUACAAGUUCUUCUCGAUGCCCCGGCUGUAGGGGCAAAUUUUCAGGAUCAUCCGGUUACGUAUCUCAGCUGGAAUGUUACGAAUUUGGCGUUUCCAAAUGAUGCGUCGAUUGCGAUGAAUGCUUCGUAUAAUGCGAGUGCGUGGCAAGAAUAUAUUACGAAUCAUACGGGACCAUAUACUCAAGGCACUUCUCCCGAUGCAGCAUUUAUUCCUCUCUCUCAACUCACAUCCCAAAGCCAAGAAAUCAUCGACCAAGCCCGCGCUCAAAAUGUGUCAGGAUACCUGCCAUCUAUCUACCUCAACAACUCGGCGCUUCUCAAAGGGUAUCUAGCCCAACGCGAUAUCAUCCUUGAUCAUUUCUCCCGAACCGACGCAGCAGUGAUAGAAAUUCCCAUUGGCACCACAGGACCGGGCGCCUGCGCCGUCGAAAAACCUCUCUCCCGAGGAACUAUCACACUCUCCCCCUCUUCCCCUCAUUCCCAACCAAUCAUAAACUACCACACCUUCUCCUCCCCCACCGACUCCCUCAUCCUCACCUCCUGCAUCCGCUACAUCCGCUCCUACUACUCCUCUCCCCAUCUCUCCUCCUACUCCCCCACCGAAGUUUUCCCCGGUCCCGCUGCUCACACAGAUGAAGAGAUUCUCGCAGCGCUGAUCGGCGCAGGCGCUAUCGCGCCGAGUUUUGCGCAUCCGUCUGGCACGUGUGCGCUAGGGAAGAGAGAAUUGGGAGGCUGUGUGGGAAAGGAUUUAUUGGUGCAUGGGCUGCGGAAGGUGAGUGUCGUGGAUGCGAGUGUCAUGCCGCUUAUUCCGGCGACGCAUCUGCAGUUGACGGUUUAUGCGGUGGCGGAGAAGGCGGGGGAUCUUAUUAAGGGGAGGGCGUGAUUGAAGUGGGAUUUGGGGAAUUCGGGUGGUUUGAAGGGGAUAGGAGAGGUAGGGGAGUUGAAGUUGAAGUUGUUUUAGGGAUCGCGAGAGGUGGGUUCAGAGACGUAUAAGAUCGUGGAGUAGAUG